UAUUUCGAUAGAGUUUAAUAACCUAGUUGCUACGUUGGUCGCGCUGCGUUUUUUCGGUAAAAAUCGCCUGUCAAGCCGUCCUGUCAAGUUGGGUACUUACUUACUACGGGGAAAAACAAAGUUGCUUUCGAACCUACAGCACCGGAACAGUGAAAUGGAAAGGGAAAAUGAAAUACAAAUACUACGGCCUUUCAAAUCUACUUCCUGACUCGAAUAUUAGAAGCGAUUUGAUAUUCAUCUGAGGCAAAAAAUGCAAGCGGCGGUUUUGCCAUGUACUUUGUUAUCUUGGAAAAAAGUAGAAGUUCACCCGCGCGGCUCUACUGCCCUUCACAAACUUUCAAUUUCCAUGUCAGAUUCGAUAUUUUUGUAGCUGUUGCAUUCACGACGACCCCCUCCGGCCCUACCACAGGCAUACAUGGAGUGAAAACCGGCUACGGCUCGGGUUUUCGGCGGAUAGAUUAUGUAGUGCUAUCACCUUUGGAUCCUGAAUGCUGCAAAUCGGUACACCUCUAGUUUCUCGGUCUCAAAUGCCAAAUGUCUAAGUGCGAUGCAAUCGGUUCUCGCCUUCCGGCCUUACCAGAGGCCUGGAUGGAGACAAGAUCGGCCAUUCCAGGCACAAGUCUUCCCCUACGCUUUACGACUGCGCCCGUGAGGGUGCAUUGGGCACUGGGUUGCUGGCUUCCCGUCCGCCAUCGUUGGCCACUAGAACUGACUGCCUUGCCCGGCACUCCUUGCCUUUUUCGGUAGCGCGUGCAAGCGCUCUUACUGGACGACCUGAACUACCGGACUUCUUGGGAGGCGCCACUGGGCUGCUGCCCGACCGGACGUCCAGGCGCGGCUACGCCCGCAAGACUACCAGGGCCGCCAUGUUUCCCGACCUGACGGACCUACUCCAUUGGCAUUGCAGUGCUCACCCCUCCGGCCCUACCACAGGCAUAAGUACUUGGAGUGAAAACCGGCUACGGUUCGGUUUUUCGACGGAUAAGAUACAUCGCUGCUAUCACUUUUGGUUUUGGAUCCUGAAUGCCCUUAGUCGGUACAUUUAUACUUAUUCGGUCUCAAUAAAUGCCUACUGUCUAUUAUCAAAUCGCGAUCGGUUACCCGCUUCCGGCCUUACCAGAGGCCUGGGACGCAGCUGUCGCACUUGCCUCCAUAGCGGGCGGGUAGAGCAGCAGAGAACUAACACAGACGGACUCUGGUCUCUACACACUGCCAGCGCAUACCAGUCCUACCAUAUUACUCCGCCGCGGUCGGGUUCUGUUUUCCUUUUCACCGGUUCCCAAAUCGGUUCAGUGAGUUCGCGACUCUUCGGCCCUGCCACAGGCUAGCAUGGAGAGACGGUGGCCAUUUCUCGGCGCAGGUCAGUCUUUCCCCACUAUUCGGCGCACGCUUCGUUCCCUCCAGGUGUGCUGAAUCUGGUGCGUGCAUUCAGAGCGUGCGGGCAAUACCAGUGGCGUGCGACCCACUCUGAUGUGAGUGUGUAGCGUGCAGCAUUUCUGUCUAAUUUCGGUCUGCAUACAUAAUUUCGGCAUCGCGCAUUUCGGUCUGCACGCCCUGCGUGUGGACAAGGGGCGAUCACCGCGCCUACCAGGCACGCGAUCCAGAUGCGCCAGCCCCCCGUCGGCGAACGAGCAGGGGGACACAGGGAUAUCCCCCAACUACCCCCCGGCCGCGCAGAUCCUCGGAGACCGACCAGCACCCCCAGUACGACCUCCGCCGAACCUGUCUUCGUCGCGGCGUGCUCUCGUCAGUCCGCGACACUACCCGACCCCCCGCCGCCUUCCAGCGGCCAGCUACUGCCCGUUCCGCAUCAUGCUUGGGCUGAGCGACACACCGCUCUCUCGCGGCACAAGCGCCGGCGCCACGUCAGUGGCACUUUCAAUUUCCAUGUCAGAUUCGAUAUUUUUGUAGCUGUUGCAUUCACGACGACCAGACACACCAGUCGAGUGUAUCAGGGAUUGAUGCAUAUCAGGUAUAAUUUCGACCAGAAAUUCAAUAUGAUUUUUUUUCCUCCACUGCGUUGAGAGACUCGUUUCUGUUUUCGUUUUUGCUUCGCUAUCAAAGGUUGGCAGCCCUUCUCGAAGAAAAAUAAGAAAACCUGACGCGAGUUUGAUGUUGAAAAGGUUAACUAAGUUUCUUGGAUAGAACAGUCGUUUUUACAGUUUACGAUUUUUAUACCUGCCUCUAUUUCCUCUUCUUUUUCGCAGUGCAGUCAGUCGGUCCCUUCGCACCGCUGCACUGUAGAAAAGGUUUUCAAGCUUUGAUAACACGUAGGAACAGCGUUGCAGGUCGAAGAAGUUCAAAUUUACUUGUUUGCGGCCUGGUAUGUAGUUGAAUCAGUACUAUUUGCUCUGCUCAGGUGGUUUUGCACAGAAUUAGGAAGAUUGUCCUUACUUUUGGGAUACAAAAAAGUCAAUUUUUCGAGGCGUACUAUGUAUGGGUAUGUAAGAACAAGCUAUCGUCUCUGUAUUUUGGUUGAGUCCCUUUCGAUGACUUAUUACGAUUUUUUUGCUUCUUUAUACUACAAGUACAACUCUUAUUGAAUAUAUUGUUGGGUCGCUUUCUCGUGGACACAAUACCAGCAGAGCAAUCAAAAAUUUUGAAUUUCAGAUUUUAGAAGUAUCGGAUUCGGAAAGACGAUUUGUCAUUUGCGAUAGCUUGUAUGGUGAGAAAUUUGCUUUCCAAAAAA